GCCCGUCCCUGUCCCGGAAGUUUGCCCCGCCUGAUGUCUGUGGUUUGGUGUCCCUCCGCUUUGGCUCAGGCUAGUCUUUGGUAGGCGGCAGCGGCAGCGGCAGCGGAGUGGAUUCCGCUCUUCUCUCUUCCCGUGCCGUUCCCCUUGACCCUCCCGCAGGCAGCGGUGACCACGCGCGGGGUACCUGCCAGGAACCAGGCGUCGGGCGGGCCUAGCUGCCGCGUGGCCGCCGGGGGCUCAGUGGCCGCAGAGGCGCAGAGGUGCACGACCUGGUCUCGUGCAGAGAGUGUUGUCUGCACAUCCCAGGGAUGUACAUGCAAGUGGAGACACGCACCAGCUCCUGCCUCCAUCUGAAGAGGGCUCCCAGCAUCCGGUCCUGGUCCCUGCUGGUUGGAAUCCUGUCGAUUGGCCUGGCUGCGGCCUACUAUAGUGGAGACAGUCUGGGCUGGAAGCUUUUUUACGUCACAGGCUGCCUGUUUGUGGCUGUACAGAACUUGGAAGACUGGGAGGAAGCCAUCUUCAACAAGAACACUGGGAAAGUCAUUCUGAAGACGUUCAGCCUCUACAAGAAGCUGCUGACUCUGUUCAGAGCAGGCCAUGACCAAGUGGUGGUCCUACUGAGCGACAUCCAAGAUGUGAAUGUGGAGGAGGAGAAGGUCCGCUACUUUGGAAGGGGCUACUCGGUGGUGCUGCGGUUUGCAACAGGCUUCUCCCACCCCCUUACCCAGAGCGCAGUCAUGGGCCGCCGCAGUGACGUAGAAGCCGUCGCCAAGCUCGUCACCAGCUUCCUGGAGCUGCAGCACCUAGAGAGCCCUGCAGAGCCUUCCCAGAGCAGCAGCAGUGAGGCCAGUGGCCCUGGGAACCAGAGCUGAUGACACCUCCAGCCAAGUCUAUCUCCUGCCCCUCAAGCCAUGGUUUCUGCUCUCUGUAUUAUACUACAGUCUGGAGUUUCACCGAGAGUCAGGAAGGGCUGGGUAGGGUGUCUGUCAGAAGAUCCAAGAGGGGGGUGCUGUGUCCAGGGGAAGGUUUGACCAUGGCCUGUAAAUGAGUGCCCCUGGAAGAGACAGUGGCUCAGCUAGAGCAGUUCAGGGUGUGAGGGUUACAGGUGAUAGGCCCUGCUCUGGACAGACCUACCUGCAACCUGUGAAACAAAAAGGAUGCCCAGCUUUAUGUGAUCUAGGGCCUAGGCCUGGCCUUCCCAAAGCCAGAGGCUUUGCCAGCCCUGGGUUUCUGCAGUUUAGCCCACAGGGAGCCUUCUGAGUGCAUGUGAGAGACCAGCUCGGGGACAAACUCCUGUGGGUGCUGACAGGGUAUAUAUUGUGCCCCCACAGUACUACAGGCUCUGAGGAUUCCACCCCCCUUGUUGACAGAGACUGUGGGACACAGACUGCCCUGCCCAGGCUGUCAUUGCAGAAGGGUUCCUCCACUGUCCACCCUCAGACUGGGCAGAAGUUGCUAGUUGAGAAGAAAUGAAUUCUAAUAUCCUGAAACACUUAAAAACUGAGACACCUCUGCAGAAAUGGGGUUCCAGACCCUCAAACUCUGGGAAGACCUCCAGGAGGGGCUGGCUUCCAGCUGUGCCACCCCCAGGCCUCCAUGCCUGGGCUCUUUGGCCAGCCCCCUCUUGGCUGCCCCCCUGUGAAGGGCAAGGCUGCACCCCUCUGCCCAGGACAGGACCUUCCCUGGCAAGGACUGCCAGCCUGCCUGCCUCUAGUUGGGUACAUGACCCACACAGAGUUCAAUUUAAAAUGCAGUAAGUGGUAUUGCUCUGUUCCUCCCCAGGGGCUGUGAGGAGGAGGGUGCUGCUUGCCUGGUGCUUUCUGUGCUGCCCCUGGGUGAGGGCUGGUGUGAAGGCAGGUCCUGACACUUGUAAAGCAGAUAAUGAAAAGUUGGUCUCACUCCCAUUAGAGCAACCUCUGGCCUCCACACUGCUGUUUAUUCUAAAGAAUAAAGUUCUACAUGCAGAUCAUA